AUGUUGCGAACUACUGUUUGGUUGGUCUACCUCCUUGCUGUCGCAAAUGCAGGGGAAACAGCCCAAUCGAUAACAGCUCCCACAAACUGUCAACAAGCAUGUGCCCAACUCUCCACAGUCUUUGGGUCCGCACUUCACUACCCCGACAGUGAUAAUUUCACCAUCUGGGAUGCGAAGCAGCAGGAGGUCCAUCCAUCCUGUCGCAUCGAGCCUAGCAGUGCCUCUGAUGUGGCCAACGUUCUGAAUGUCCUCGUUGACCACUGGUGUUACUUUUCAGUAAAGGGUGGCGGCCACUCCAGGAAUGCGGGGGACUCUAAUUCGGUGGGUGGUGUUACUGUGGACCUAGACCUCUUGAGAGAUGUUGAGGUCUUGGACAAUGGAACCAAGGCACGUGUUGGUGGUGGUGCAACCAGUAUUCAAGUGUACCAUGCCCUGGAGUCUCGGAACUUGUCCUACGUCGGUGGGAGAGUGGGCAGCGUCGGCAUGGGUGGAUUCACACUUGGCGGAGGAACAUCCCCAUUCUCGAACAAGUACGGAUGGGCGUUGGAUAACGUUUUCGAAUAUGAGGUUGUCCUCGCCAAUAGUACAAUUACUACGGCCUCUGAGACUCAUAAUCAGGAUCUUUAUUUUGCUCUCCGGGGAGGAGGCAACAACUUUGCCAUUGUUACAGCCUUCACGAUCCGCACAUUUCCCCAGGGGCCUGUCUUCACCAGGCAGACAUCCUACUCCCCCAAUCAGACUGAGCAAGUUCUCGACAAGGUCUAUGACUUAUUCACAGAUAAGAAUCUCACUGGUGAUGUGGAAAUGGGUUAUGAUCUAUACUAUAGCUACGAUUCGGGCAGUGAAGACUUUACCUUGAUGGGCACUCAGCGCUACGGGAAGGCAAUUCACAAUCCUCCAGUCUUCCACGAAAUUGACCAAAUCCCCACAUUAAGCCGGACUACGAUCAUAGGAUCCAUGAGCAGUGUGUCGAAUGGAUCUAUCCCAAUGGGUACAACUCGAAAUUUAUUUGCUACCCUAACCGUGUCCCCAUCUCGCUCCCUGUUCUCACGGGCUCUCCAGAUCUUCAGGCAGGAAGUGGAAGCUAUCAAGAGCGUGCCCGGCAUACGGACUAACUUCAUCUGCUAUCCAAUGCAAAGGAAUGCCAUCGCAGCCAUGAAGCAAAGAGGUGGUAAUGCCCUGGGCAUCGAUCUUGAGCGUGAUGAACCUCUUUUUAUUAUUCUGCUCUCGACGGCCUGGUCGGAUGCAAGCGACGAUGCUGCCGUAAACAGAAUGACUACAGACACCAUUCGCAGGAUUAAGCUGGCAGCUCAAAAUAUGGGUGUUGCGAACCGGUAUAUGUAUAUCAACUACGCAUCGGCCGAACAAGCCAGCGAAGUGUUUUCCGGUUAUGGCACAGACAACUUCCAAAGGCUCAAGGACAUCCAAAAAUCGGUGGAUCCUCGUGGAAUAUUCACUUCCCAGGGCCUGUGGAGGGGAUUUGUGAAACUACUUUAG